GCGUUCCGGUCUACUUUGCGCCACUUGCGUGCGAGCCGGUGUCUUUUGACAUCCUCGACACCAAGUUCGACAUGAUUCUAGGCAUGUCUUGGUUGCGUAGCGCCGAUCAUCCGGUGAACUUCCAUGACCGAACCGUACACAUCCGUGAUCGGAACGGAGUGUUAGUCCCAUGUACGAUCGCGACCCCUCACACAUCGAUUGCUUGUCACGUGGUUUCCGUUGCGAGAAUUUGCGACGCCAUUGCUCAAAAUGACGUCAAGGAGAUGGGCCUUGUAUUCUUGCAUGCUCUCCCCUCGCCGGACGGACCAGCCGCGUCACCGUCGGACCCACGCAUUUCUCACCUCUUGGACGAGUAUAGAGACGUCUUCGAGGCUCCCACCGGAACGGUUCCGGAUCGGCCCAUACGUCACGGGAUCACUCUCGAGGCUGGCACCGUCCCUCCGCGUGGAUGCAUCUACCGCAUGAGCGAAGAGGAACUCAAGGUGCUUCGCGCACAGCUCGAUGAUCUUCUCCACAAGGGCUGGAUUCGCCCUAGUUGCUCGCCAUACGGUGCACCUGUUCUCUUCGUCCGGAAAAAGAACAAAGAUCUACGGUUAUGCAUCGACUAUCGAAAACUUAACGCACAAACCGUAAAGAACGUCGGCCCUCUCCCUCGGAUUGAUGAUCUYCUUGAGCGGUUAGGCGGCGCGAUGUACUUCUCGAAGUUGGACUUGAAAUCAGGUUACCACCAGAUUGAAAUCCAGCCUCAAGACCGGUACAAGACCGCGUUCAAGACGCGGUACGGGCAUUUUGAGUGGGUUGUCAUGCCCUUUGGCCUCACCAAUGCCCCCGCAACUUUUCAAGCAGCAAUGACGACUGAGUUUCGCGACUUGCUCGAUCGCAGCGUCCUCAUCUACCUUGAUGACAUCUUGGUUUAUAGUAGGACGUUGGACGAGCACAUCGUACACCUUCGCAUUGUUUUGAAUCGUUUGCGACUAGCCAAGUACAAAGCGAAUCUCGACAAAUGCGAAUUCGCCAAGCAAGAGCUCGAGUACUUGGGUCAUUUUGUCACGCCGAAAGGCAUUCGUCCCUUAGCGGACAAGAUCCAAGCCAUCGUGGAUUGGCCGGGACCCCGUUGCACGACGGAUGUACGCUCUUUCAUGGGUUUGGCUGGAUAUUAUCAGCGAUUCGUCGAGUCAUACUCGAAACCGCAUUUCGUCAAAGGCUACAAGUCCGAUCCGACUUACUCUAAGCUUUACGCGAAGGUUUCAUCGGAUCACCCGCCGGCUAGCCACUAUCGGAUUUCCGACGGGUUCCUUCUCCUUUACACGAGAGGAAAGGACUUCCUAGUUGUGCCCCAAGAUCGCAUCUUACGGACUCGUCUUCUCGGCGAAUUCCACGACGCACGACUUUCGGCACACCUUGGCGUGAACCGCACACUAGCACGCCUCCGCCAGCGUUUUCACUGGCCCGACGUCCUUCAUGACGUCACGAGAUACAUUGAGUCAUGUGCAGUUUGCCACCAAAACAAGGGUCGAUCUCGAGUCCCCUUCGGCGAGCUGAAACCGUUGCCGAUCCCUCGGGCACCACGCCUCUCCAUUGCUAUGGACGUGACAGGCCCGUUUCCCCGCGAUCGCCACGACCAUGACGGUAUUCUCACGGUCGUUGACCGUUUGAGCAAGUAUGCUCGCUUCCUUCCUUGCAAGUAUCAUGCUGCAGCGCCUGAGCUCGCACGACUCUUGCACACCGGUUGGAUUACCAACCAAGGUGUUCCGGAAGACAUAGUGAGCGGCCGAGAUACUCGUUUCAUGUCAGCCUUUUGGACUUCCCUCAUGGCUGAGUCCGGUACGACAAUGAAACCGAGCUCGGCUCGACACCCUCAGACGGAUGGUCAGAUGGAACGAGCGCACCAGACCGCUCAGAUGAUGUUGCGUACGCUCAUCCGUCCCGACCAGAAAGAUUGGGUUGACCGGCUUCCCGACAUCGAGUUCGCCUAUAACACUUCGGUGCACCCGGCGAUCUGCGUCACACCAUUCGAGUUACAUCAUGGUGGAGAGAAAGCACGGAUCUUCGCUGAUCUCCUUUUGCCACAGGCUGCYGACAUAGACGUCCCUUGCUCUCCCGCUUCCGUCCGGAAGUACCGGGACUUGCUGAUCAAAGCCCGCACAAAUAUGCAAAAGGCUCAGAUCCGCUUGCAGCAGCAAGCUAACCGACAUCGACUUCCAUGUCCGUUCCGCGAGGGAGACCUUGUUUGGGUCCUCUCCGAGGAAUUUGCGCUCGAGCAGGACGUUUCGCGCAAACUCCUUCCGAAAUGGUUCGGACCAUGGAAAGUCACUUCUGCCGUUGGAGACGAUCCCGCAGGUCCUUCCUUCGUGAUCAACAUUCCACCGCACCUGACAGUGCAUCGGGUCUUCCACGCAUCGAAGCUGGCCAUCUACACGCCACCUUCAAAUGACGAGUUUCCCGGACGUCGAUCACAGGAUCCGCCCUCCAUGGACGAACAUCAGGAAGUGGACCGAGUCAUCACGCACCGCAAGUAUGGCAACAAGCCAAGGCAGUACAAAGUCACAUUCAAGCAAUGUGCGCCUGAUGACACUCGGUGGAUCUCCAGUACAGAUUUGCAGACUUCCGCACCCCUUAUCUUCGCCGACUAUGAGAAGCAACGCCUUGCUAAGGACGCAGCUCGUCCCUCCCGACCCACCCCGGUAUCGGACAAACAACUUCGCCCUCGCAGAUAACUCGGUCUUUUAAGAGGGGGAGUGUGUUACAUCUUCGACGCCACACGGGUCCUACCGGACCCGACUUAGGGCUAGAGGGACACA